AUUAUCGACCACGAGUGGAUUUAGAGUAAUGUCAGAGCCAGAAAAAACGUGUAAACUCACCUGAAGAUGAAUUGACACAAGUGUUCAUGCUUUUUAAUAAGAACUCUCGGCACUGUAUUUGAGUGUUAUCUGAAUCUGCUCAAUGAAUGUCUCGGAUACUAGCUUAUCAUAGCGGCUCACCCAAGCUGAGGAGCGCAUGAAAAAUUAUACCGAGUCAAACACGAUGAGGGUGAUGAGGGAUUCUACUGACGCAGAAAUCCGUUUUAUUUCUCUCAGCUUGCUUUUGUUCACGUGUCAGUAAUCUAAUCUACUUAUAAAUGCGUGGAGAGGAAGGUGAAGCUCACACUGGGCUCCUGCAGAGAGAGUGAAGUGUGAGCUGUGUUGGGAUAGUAUCCUGUCUAGUGCAUUUUAAUGUAAUUGCAUUAUGGUGUUGUGUGUGGGUAGCUUAUAAGAAACAAAGAGAGAAGAUUAAGUAUGGGGAUUGGUUUCAUAUUUUUCCUUUUUGGACUCACAGUGAGUGCUAAAAAGGAUGACCUGCAAGGCUUUCAGUCACUGCAAACCGACAGCAGCGCAGCCUUCAUAACAACUGUGCCACCAGAAGAGCAAAACAGCUCCAGUGACAACGGUGGAAAAGUUUCCAGUGAAAGCCCUGCUCGUCUGACUGGGGCUGUAAUCAGUUCUCCAGGGACAGAUUUGUUCCAUACACCACAUAAAAGGCAGCACUCAAGUACAGUAAAUGCAACCACAGCUACUGAUAAAGAUGCAAUUACCUCAAAUGGACCAAGAUUUGUCUUAAUUUAUGAUACAGGUUUGCAUUCCACUAGUAGUGCGUUGAAGCCUUUUCAGUCUGAAGAAGACCCCACAUUGGUCUCCACUGAUGAGAAGAGGCUUCAUCCCUCAAUGUCGGAUGACACCGUGACGCCUGCUGCUCAUCUGUCCAGAGGCAAGGAAAAGAUCUCUGCUUUUUUUCACGCUUCACUGGAAAGCAAGAAUCAAAGAGUCUUGGAGUCUAUUACUCUUUUACCCGCAAAUGGCAUUCCCCUGGUAUCGGCCUCUGAUCCAGCAAUAAUUGAUAACCUUGGGGAGUCGAAUGAGAGUGUAGAAAGACGGCCCGAAAACAAGAAGGAAAAUUGGACUCUGGAGUCGUUUAGAGCUGACGACCCUUUGAAUUCUACUGAAGAGGCUUCUUUGAAUAAGAACCACUCGACCAUUAUGCACUUUGGGAUUUUACAGGGCGCAGGGCUUUUAACCAGUGAGAUUGGUCAAAAUCCAAGAAAUGAAUCUGAGCGUGAGCCAAAAGAAGAGAAGAAUCUGCUUUCACAAAGUUCACUGAUCCUUGAUACUCCAUUACAAGUGGAAUCAACCAGCCAAGUAAUGGUUAAUAAAAUGACAGAAAGCAGCAAAAAUCUAAAGCACCCAGGCUUGAUGGUUUUAUUCUCUGCUUCAAAGCUGACCCCUACAAAGACUCCAGUCGCAAGUACGGCAAAUUAUUUUUCAAGCAUAAUAACAGCUGCUGGCGAAAUGCACGUGAUUAAACUACUUGAGGCCUCACAGUUGAUAUCUGACUCUGUGCAUAGAACUGUCUCAGCAAGGGACGGGCUAGAAAGAAAAUUGAUUUUGCACACUAAAUCAAGAAAAGAGCUUCAUAUUAAACCAACACUCCAAACCUCGCCAAUUGGUUUCCUUCAUCAGCUGACUUCUCAGAAGUCUUUGUUGUUCAACAAAACGCCUGAUCUUUGUGCCAAAGUAGCCAAAAUGCCUAGCAUCUCUGUGAAAGAGACACAUAGCAGAAUAGAUCAUUCAACUGAACAGAUAUCCUUUAGUACUGCCUCAUUUACCAACACUGUGCAAGCAACUACAGCGGGUGAUAUGCUUUUGAAACAGACUCAAAGUUCACUUACGACUCCCCAAACUCUUUCACCUCAAACAGAAUCUUCGAAACACUCUGAUCAGUUUGACGAAUUAUCUACAGCAGUGCCUCUUUUACCUCUGACAAAGCCUAAGAAUGUGUUUCAAGUCUUCAAAGUGAAUGAUCAUCGCUUCCUCCCAGAGAGAUUAAAGCCUUUUGUAUCAUUUCAAGCGCCUGAAUCAAUUCCUCCUUCAUUCACAUCUACAACGGUGACGAGAUUAAUAAAUAGGGAAAAUGUCUCUCAAAUCGACUCUUCAAACCAAAACCAACAUCUCAAUAAAGUUCUAUCCAUUGUCUCUGAAAGGCCAAACAUGAUCUUAAGCAGAUUAUCAAAGCACAAAAUGGUGAACACAACUACAGUCAACAAAAGCAUGUCUAGUUUUGUUCUUCCAACACAUUUGACUCCUAAAGAUAACACAUACACAAUGUUUUCAAAACCCCAGGUAUAUAUUUCCAACAUCUCUAAUACACUUCCUCUGAAAAAGUACAUGCUGCCAACAUCUUUGAGUAAGUCACAAAAUACUGUGACAACAGACGCCAAAAGAGUUCUCUCAAAACUUUUGUCCAUCUCUAAAAAAAGUAAUAGCGAGUCUGACUUUCUAUAUCACUCAGUGACAACCAGAGGUAUUGGUUCGCUGUUAGACGACAAACAACAAGAUCUUAAAAGCCCAAGAGGGACUGUGAGGCUGCUUUUCGGCAGCCACACUGUUAGCAGUAUCCCAUCAGUCCAACAGCCCACUGAAGCUCACCCUAGAGAGGGAUUCCUCACAGAAACGGCGCAGUCUGAACUUCAAAUUGAGCCAUACUUGAAGAAGAGCGACGGCGCGGCCAAACCAACAAAGCUUAUUCCAAACAGUCGUUCGGUUGCAGGCAUUUAUCAAACUCCACUGACGUCAAUUUCACACCCAAGUACUGAGUUUAAACAAGAUCUGUCCUUCACUGCAUCACCUUUAGUGUCUAUUGAGCAGAAUAUUGGACACGACUACCACAAAGAAUCAGUUUUACCACAUCAUGAGCUUGUAAAUGUUUCAACUCUAUUGAAGCAUCCUUGGAAAAUAACAUCCAACCGAAUUUCUGGCAUCAGUAGGCACAAAACAGCUGCAGCUCGACCAGAAGGGGCCUUAAACCCUUCACCCCUUGAAUCAUCCACUUCACUAACUUCCCCUUUGUUUCAUGUUCAAACGCAGAAUGUAUUGCAUAAAGAGCAUUUGUCCUUAACCGAAGACCAAACGCAAUUUCUCUCAACACUACAGGAGCAUUCGCAAACAACCCAGUCAAACUUUGCACUGGGCGUAACUGAAGAUGCAGAAAAACAGCUUGGGUGGAUAGCACUGUCUGCUGUUACUGGGGAAAAGUUGUCUUCUGUUGUCCACACUGAUUUGAGUUUCUCAAGUACGGAGACACAAUCGCUCCCCAAAGGUUCAUUACAGUCCAGGGGAGGCAGUGCAGAUAUUUCACAUGGCGCCACUCCAUUUGCUGAAAGUGACUCGGCAAGAUCUGCUGAGCUCGAGUCAGACCUGCCGGUGAUAAACACGAAGAUGGGGGUUAUAGCAGCCGAUUCUCUGUCCGGUCUGGCUCAAAUCUCCGAUGAUAUCUGCGGCUCUGGCAACUACACGGCAGAGAUGAGUCUGAACUUGGAGAGAGAUAUCAUGCCCGGAGAUCUCAUCCCUGCCCUAGGAAACCUGCGUGUCGUCAUCAGCCUCAAAACAAAUAACAGCCAGGUGAACCUGGAGAUAAAAUCCUGCUGCCUCUCGCCCACCGUCAGACUUGAUGAAUUUAACACCACCUGCUGCAUUUUUUCCAGGCUGCCUAUAGACCCUCAUGGCAUUAGACUGCUUCCCGGCGUCCCGUCAAAGAAGGCCAGCUUCACCAUCAGUCUUUUCCAGAUGAUCAAUUACUCCAGCGCUUACCUGCACUGUGACCUGAGCGUGUGCUUGAGGAACCAUUCUGACUGCGAGAGGCAGUGUGUUCAGCGGCGAAAUGCACAUCUCCAGGAGGAAGCGGGAGGCGUCUUCAGCAGGAUGGGAAACCGCAUUUCUUUCGGCCCGGUUUUGAAAGGAGCGGAUAAUUCAUCAUUCUCUGAAGCAGCAGAUGACACUGAAGCCGUGGCGGUGAUUAUCAGCUCAGUGGCCGGCUGUUUGCUGGCGUGUUUGGCUCUCUCGCUUGUCUGGAUGGCAAACAGACGAUGUCUGCAAAGGUCUGCUUACUGCUGGUCCAGGGCCUCCUGUGAAUGCUAACAAAAGCAGAGCUCACCGCAAAGCAGCCAACCGACAUCAAAUCUGCAUUUAGCAUUCAAUCAUUAUAUGACAGUUUUUUGAAUGGCUCAUCAUUAUGCGUAGUUGCUGCACUGGGGAACUAAUGAAACUUGUUAAAAGUGACCCAAAGUGCACUUGAAUACUCAUUUAUUCUGCAUCAUAGUGCCAAGCUAUAAGUAUUGCAAUAGCUAAUCAAGCAAUUUAAUGUGAAGGCUUACACACAUAUUGAGUAAAUUAAUCAAGUAUGUUAGCUGACAGCUAUUUAAUGGGAUAGGUUUUUAAAAUAUUCCUUUCUAAGUCUCACUAGUGUAUUAGACCAGUCUAAGUAAACUAUAGGGUAAGCAUAUUAAGUUGAUUUAUUUUUGAAUUUGCUUAUAGUUCAUUUUGAAAUUAACCGUUUUGCUCACUGGCCAGUCUGGCUAAUUAUUUUAAAGAUAGCAGCCAUUAAGAACUUCUACUAGCCAAAACUAAAGUUUUACACUUUUUUCUAAUUUUCAUUGCUUGGAUAAAAUACUUUGAAAUUUUUGGUUAAACAGUCCCUUUAAUUCCAUAUUGACUUCCUGUGUGUUACAUUCCUGCAAAAAUCUAGGGCUGUUUCUUAAUUCCAAGAAUGCAGAGAAUGGACUCGUGUUCUUGUGGAGACCGGUCUUGCCAUGUUAUCUCAGAAGAAUGAACUUGGAAGAUCAAGUACAGAGAACGUGUCCUGUGAGAAAUGAGAUGUUGCGUUCUUCCUGAUGGUCACAUGACCUUCACAUGUUUUAACCGAAAAUUAUUUAAACAUUACAGCAUUCAUACAGUGAUUUAUUGUUUUUCCCCUUUUCAAUAUAUAUAUGCUAUGCAUAGACACAUAAAUAUACUUCAAGAGUUCACACUUAGAUAUUGCUUGACAAUUGUUAGCAGGUUUGGCAUGUUGUCCCGGGAGUGAA